AUGGCUGGUGGCACCAGAUCAGAACAUGUCUGUGUUGUUGCACCCGCAGAAAUGAACUCUCAUAGAAUAAGUAAUUUGGAACUAAAUCAGAUUGAUAACUCUCCAGGUUCCAACAGUAGCUAUGCGUCUAGUGGAAACAAUAAUAUGCAACAGCAGCCAAGCACACACUCAGACGCUUUCUCAGAAUGUUUCAUCUGCUCACUCUCAAUCCCAUUCCCAGCCUACGGGUCCACCACCUCCAUACCCUCAGCACAGCCCAACUUCACCUGCUCACCACCAACAACAGUCUCAACAACAACAACAGUCUCAGCAGCAUCACCAACAACAACAGCAGCAGCAACAACAACAACAACAACAACAACAACAACAACAACAGCAACAACAACAACAACAACAGCAACAACAACAACAACAACAACAACACAACAACAACAUCAACAUCAGCAGCAGCAGCAGCAGCAACAACAACAGCAGCAGCAACAACAGCAGCAGCAGCAACAGCAGCAGCAACAGCAUCAGUCUCCUACACAUCCUCAACACCACCCUCCAUCUCCUGUCCAGUCCAUACCUUCACAUCACCCUCCAUCCCCAGGUCAAGGUCCUCUUAGUCCAUCUUCCAAUCAAAACCCAUCCUCGGUCCAACACCCUCCAACACCACAAACGCCACAAACACCAACGUUCAUCCCAAGAGUGGUUUUAACAAUACACGAUGGAAACGAAAGUGAAGGUCUACUACAGGAUGAGAUCAAUUUUGGAGAUGUAUUUGGCAAUUCAAAUUCAUAUGAACAAGGCUCCUUUGAAUCAGAUAUUCUUGAAAAUAUGAGUAGGCUUGAUGAAAGUGAGCUGAGUAUGAUGGUGGUAGAGGGUACAAUAGACCAGCUUGUGGACCAAGAAACAGAGGAAAGUUUUCGAAGAGACCACCGUACCACAUCCUCCACGUCUUCUGGACCCUAACCUCUGCCUACAUCUUCAUGGGUUAUUGACUCUCUUACAAACAUUGCCAAUACAGACUCAACCAUGACUGCUGGUAACCACCUGAAGCUACCAACCACCUGCGUUGUAAUACCUGUAGCUACUAAAUCUAUUCAGGGUUGCACCCCUCUACUGCCACUACUAUCAUGUAGAUUAUGGGGAGUGUGACUUUAAUGCUGUGGUGGCAACAGUUGAGUUAUUUCCAGGUAAUGGUGGUGUGUUCUAAAUGCUCCUUCCAUUGAAGUUUUUUGCAAGUAUUCCGUAUUCUAAACAGGUAAUUUUAUUAUCUACUAAAUAAAUAUACUUGUAUGUAAAACGGUGCUUAUUUUCUCAUGCAAUAACUUAACUACAAAAUUCUAGGUCACUUAAUAGCAUGUUUACAAUGAGGUAUAAUCCAUCUUAGAUUGCCCAUAAAAAUCCAAGAUAUACUGCCAGUAAUUCCAGUGUUUCAUAACACAGCUAUAUUCAGGGGAGACACUCAACUAAAUUUAUAUAUUUAAAUACUGUCUGCCUUUAUACAAUUGUAAAAUUUUUACUAUCUUAACCAAACCAUAAUGCAUCCAAAGCCCUCCGGACACUUUAGUUACUUUUUGUGCUUAUCUUCACCCUUGCUUAAUUAAUUUUACUUUAGAUUAGUUUAGCCUUAAUAUUCACAAGUGCAUUGUUAUGUGCCCCUGUUUAUUAAUUUAUAAUUUUCUUCACUCCUCAUAUCAUUGCAGAAGUCUUUCACUCUGGUUAUUACAGGUAAAUACUACACAAAUAACCCGCACAUAAAAGAGAGAAGCUUACUACGACGUUUCGGUCCGACUUGGACCAUUUACAAAGUCACACUAACCAGAAGUGGAGCAGGACGGCUAUAUAUAGGCAGGAAGAGGUGGUGGUAGUAGUAGUAGUAGUACAAGAAUGGUAUAUAAUACCCACAAGAUGAAAUUAAGACACAUGCGCAACACCCGGGCAUCCCCAUCGUAGAUGUUUCGCCAUCCAGCCAGCCACUGGAUGGCGAAACGCCCACAACAAAGACAACCAGACGCCGCACAUGUGUCUUAAUUUCAUCUUGUCGGUAUUAUAUAUCAUUCUUGUACUACUACUACUACUACCACCACCUCUUCCUGCCUAUAUAUAGCCGUCCUGCUCCACUUCUGGUUAGUGUGACUUUGUAAAUGGUCCAAGUCGGACCGAAACGUCGUCGUAAGCUUCUCUCUUUAUGUGCGGGUUAUUUGUGUAUCGUUACAGUCACAGUAUUGUGCCUUUUUUUGUUAUUUACAGGUAAAUACUCUUAGUAAUUUACAUCAUGAUGUACUAUUUUCAUUUUUUUUAUUGCUCUCCAUAUUCCAGAACAUCCUUGCAAAAGGUUAACUAAAUUAAAAUAUAUAUCACUAAAAGUACAUGUAAGCAAAUGGUGGCUGGUAUAUCCCAUUCAAAAGUUAGUCACACAGGAGUACAUGCCAUAUUCAGUACAAGAUGUCUUUAUCUGUUUAUAAAUGCAUUUUUUUUAUUUGCUCCUCUUAUUGCUUAGUCUUCAGUUGACUGUGGGGGCAGGAUGUUGUUUUUGGUUCCUGCUCUGCAUAUCUAUCUCUUUUUGGUUUUCUCUGUCUGUGUUAGCAAAAUAAAAAAAAAAACUGAUGGUUAGGUUUGAAUGAAAUUUUGUGGGAACAAUGGGCUAAUGGCAAGGAGUAUUUAACUACAUUUUGGAGGAUAUAAAUUAUUUGAAACUGUAAAGUGUUGCCAUGAAAGCCAAAAUCAGCAGUGUGUGGCAGAUUUUGCAUGUACAGUAUCCACAAAAGCAAAAAUUUAAGAUUU